UGCGCGCGAGCCGCGGCCCUCCGGACUGCGCCGCCCGCCGACCGGCCAGCGGGUCCUCAGCCAGAGCGCGGUCCCCAAGUGCGGCGCUCACCGGCCCCGCGCCCCAGCGGCCGGAGUGGACAUGAGGUUGGCAGGCCCCCUGCGCCUCGUGGCCCUGCUGGUCACCAUGGCCCUGACCUGGAUCGUCGUCAGCAUCCUCCUGGGUGGGAAAGGCAGUGGCUUUCCUCGCCUCCAGCAGCUCUUCGCCAGCCCAGAGGACUCGGCGACCGCAGAGCCGCGGGCCAGGAAGUACAAGUGCGGUCUGCCCCAGCCAUGUCCCGAGGAGCACCUGGCCUUCCGCGUGGUCAGCGGGGCUGCUAAUGUCAUCGGGCCCAAGAUCUGCCUAGAGGACAAGAUGCUCAUGAGCAGCGUCAGGGACAACGUGGGCCGAGGCCUGAACAUCGCCCUGGUGAACGGGGUCAGCGGAGAGCUCAUCGCGGCCCGGACCUUUGACAUGUGGGCUGGAGAUGUCAACGACCUGCUGAAGUUUAUUCGGCCCCUGCACGAAGGCACCCUGGUGUUCGUGGCAUCAUACGACGACCCAGCCACCAAGAUGAACGAAGAGACCAGGAAGCUUUUCAGCGAUCUCGGCAGCAAGAACGUCAAGGACCUGGCCUUCCGUGACAGCUGGGUGUUUGUGGGGGCUAAGGGGGUGCACAACAAGAGCCCCUUUGAGCAGCACGUGAGGAACAGCAAGCACACCAACAAGUACGAGGGCUGGCCCGAGGCGCUGGAGAUGGAGGGCUGCAUCCCGCGGAGGCGCGUGGCCGGCUAGCGGCACCCAGAGGCGGCUGCC